CUUGCCCAACACUGACUUAUUUGUUCAAGUUGUUCCUGCUGUUUUUAGGCUCUUGCAACUUGGGUUGGAGCAUCGAUCGAGCUUAGAUUGUGAACAUUUUACUCGGACUUAGCUUCCUAAUUUUUACCUUUAAUUGUCCACGUUCGAACUUUUUCAGGAAAAGCCACGCUAGAGCAAGUCGACUCAUUUUGGAUUCUAGCGCAUUUUGCACUUUUUGAACCCAACAACUACUUUGUGAUUAACUUAUCCCCACUACGGAGCACAAUCAUGUCGACGACUGCUUCAACCCCCGGUGCCGGCCCGGUGCAGGAGAAAGCAUGUGGGCCCCUCAAGCUCCCGCUGCUUGCUCCUACUCCCGAGAGCGUCCCCAAAGAACGGGCGCCCCUCACGGCGGAGCAGCAGACAAAAUACGACUGGCUAUUGCAACAAGCAAAAGGCUGGACUGAGAUCCCGUCCACCAAAGACAAAGCCGGCCCGGUCACCGAGAGCGAGAGGUUCUGGCUCACCAGGGAAUGCCUCCUUCGCUACCUACGGGCAACCAAGUGGAAUGAGAAGGAUGCGGAGAAGCGCCUGCUCGAGACGCUGACAUGGCGGAGGGAGUACGGCGUCGAGGAGCUGACGGCGGAGCACAUCUCGCCCGAGAACGAGACCGGCAAGCAGAUCAUCCUCGGCUACGACAAGGAGGCUCGAGUCUGCCACUACCUCAACCCCGGCCGCCAGAACACGGAUCCGUCUCCUCGCCAGGUGCAGCAUCUGGUCUUCAUGGUGGAACGGGUCAUCGAUAUCAUGCCCCCCGGGCAGGAGACCCUGGCCCUGCUCAUCAACUUCAAGCAGAGCAAGUCGCGGUCCAACACGGCGCCCGGGAUUGGCCAGGCCCGCGAGGUGCUGAACAUCCUGCAACACCACUACCCGGAGCGCCUCGGAAAGGCCCUCAUCAUCAACAUGCCGUGGAUCGUCACCGGCUUCUUCAAGCUCAUCACGCCCUUCAUCGACCCCAACACGCGCGAGAAGCUCAAGUUCAACGAGGACAUGAGCCAGUACGUGCCGACCGAGCAGAUGUGGACCGAGUUCAGCAGCGGCAAGCUCGAGUUCGAGUACGACCAUUCGGUGUACUGGCCAGCCCUGCAGAAGGUUUGCGGCGAGAGGCGGGAGGCCCGGUGGCAGCGGUGGGUUGCUGGUGGGCAGCAGCUGGGUGAGUCGGAAGACUAUCUGGCGGGUGCCGCCGACGUUGCAACGUCUCAAACCAUGUCCCCCUCACCACCACCCCCACCUCCCCAGACAUCACCAACACCGCCCACAACCACCAAAGCAUGGACCUUCUACCGGCCCGGCCCCUACCGCCAAACCCUCUCCCUCACCACCACCCACCCCCUGCCCCCCUUCCCGCCCCCUAACACAAACGAAGAAUACCUCCUCCUGCGCGUCUCCCACGCCGCCCUCAACCCCGCCGACCUGGUCACCCUCUCGGUCAUGCCCUUCUUCAUCCGCUCCCACCGACACACCAACCCAGCCGCCGUGCCCGCCCUCGACUUCACCGCCACCGUGCUGCAAGUAUAUAACCCCCCCUCACCAUCAUCAUCAUCAUCAUCGCCAUCCCAACCGCAACCGCGCUUCAACCCCGGCACAACCGCCAUCUGCUUCCCCCCCCUCUCCCACCUCCUCGCCACCGGCAUCGGCGGCCUGCAGGGUGUGGUCGCCCUCCCAGCACGGUACGCCGUACCCCUACCCGCGGGACGGACGGCGCGCGAGGCCGCGGGCCUGCUGCUGGGCGCGUGCACGGCCGACGUGCAGGUGGUUGACUACACGCAGUACAAGGACCUGCCGGGCGAGUUGGCGCGGCGGUUUGGGGAUCAGCCGUUUGACAACAUUAUUGAUGCGUUCGGCAACCAGGAGUUGUACAAGCAGUGUGCGCGGUACCUCAAGCCCGAGGGUAUGUACAACGCCGCGUCGAUACACUAUACGGAGUACACUUUCUGGGCCUUGCUGAAGAGCGCCUUGACUCUCGUCACCAACACUAUCUGGCCGCGCUCAACUUGGCUUGGUGGCACUGGCCGGACUUGGAAGGCGGCGAGUCUGAUGGAUCCGGGAUUGGACAUGAUGGAGCGGAUUGUGAAACAAUUUGGGGACGGGGAACUCCGAGUCGUUGUCGACAGUGAGUGGCCGUUUGAGAAGGUCCAUGAGGCUCUCGAUGUCGUGAAGAGCGGCCAUGCCGCGGGCAAGGUUAUCAUCAAGGUUAAUGAUGAAUGAUUAGAUUGGGUUGGUGUUAGGUCCUGUAUCAUAUGUUAUACCCAGCUCUAAUGCUUCUUUUAUUCUCCCAACCAUUGACGCCCUUGAUUUAAGGAC